AUGACGUCAGCAGCACACUCACAUUCACACGAGCUCGACGGCGAUUCAACUUGGCGAACUGGAGAUAAACCGGAGUUACGUGGGGAAAGCCUUCCUACGGCUGCUGCUACGACACCGGUUAAAGAGCUGCCCGCGCAAUACAGCGAGCCCAAGGAACUUGAUUCGAGUGUCAAGCCUGUUGAGUUGCCUGUUGAGUUGCCUGCCGAGGUUCACGAUGAUAAAUGCACAACGAGAGAUUUGUCAAAGGAUGGGGAUGGAGUUGAGCUCAUCGCGGAACUUGUGGAGCUUAUCGUGUGCUUGCAUGAAGCCUACCCUCACAAAAACACCAAAACCUGGCGGUUUGUCACUUGUCAGACACUCCCAGAGUCAUCCUUCAAAACGAUCCGAACUUUUCGGCCCAUGAACAGAUCCAGGAUGAAGGCCAAAACGGCGGCCCAUCUUUGGUUGAAGUUAAAGGAGAAGAGUGCUCUCAACACGAUGGGUUAA